GUUCUGUCUACACUGUGAAAGCGGUAUAUAUGAAGUGGUAGUUUGCUAACUUGCAAUUUUCGAGAAUGUUUUACACACCAGAAGAAAUUGAGGCUGUCAAUGUACCAAAUAUACAGAAUCUGUUACAGUUAGAUCCCUGGUUAGAACCUUUCAAACAUGAGAUCAAACGCAGAUAUAAAUGCUUUUUAGACCAUAUGAAGUGGAUAAAUGAUGUUUCUGGUUUGGAAGAAUUUACUCAGGGUUACAAGGAAUUCGGGGUUCAUGUACGUGAUGACGGAUCAAUAUACUGCAAAGAAUGGGCUCCAGGGGCGAAAGAAUUGUAUUUAAGAGGAGAUUUUAAUGAUUGGCAGGAAUUUACUCAUCCUUUCAAAAAUGUGGGUUUCGGGAAAUGGGAGUUAACGAUACCAUCUGCUAAUGGUUCACCUGUGAUAAAGCAUCUUUCGAAAAUCAAGCUUUUGGUGGUCGCUCAUGAUGGUCGCCGACUGGAUAGAUUGAGUCCAUGGGCUCCGUAUGUUAAAUGCUUUGAAGGGAAUAUCAUUUAUGACCAAUUAUUGUACAAUCCUUCUGAGAGAUACCAACUUAAAUAUCCACAUCCUCCACGGCCUAAAAGUCUUCGAAUUUACGAGUGUCACAUUGGCAUUUCGUCAUCUGAACCGGUUGUCGCAUCUUAUUCUCAUUUCAAGGACAAUAUCCUGCCUCGAAUUAAAGACCUAGGUUAUAAUGCGAUUCAGAUAAUGGCGCUAAUGGAACAUGCUUAUUAUGCUUCGUUCGGAUACCAGGUGACUAGCUUCUUUGCUGCCUCAAGUCGCUUUGGCACUCCAGAGGAGCUACGCGCCAUGGUUGAUGAAGCACACCGACUGGGCAUUGUAGUUCUUCUAGAUGUUGUUCAUAGUCAUGCCUCUAAGAAUACAAAUGAUGGCCUCAACCAGUUUGAUGGCACAAAUGCUUGUUACUUCCAUGAUCUAGGCCGUGGAACUCAUGAAUUAUGGGAUUCUCGUCUAUUCAAUUAUACAGAGUUAGAAGUACUACGCUUCCUUAUGUCAAAUUUACGUUGGUGGAUUGAAGAGUACGGUUUUGAUGGUUUCCGUUUUGAUGGGGUUAUGUCUAUGCUGUAUCAUCAUCAUGGUUUGAUGACCAACUUUUCCGGUCAUUAUGGGGAAUAUUUUGGUCUAUCCGUAGACACAGAAUCAUUUACUUAUUUAAUGUUAGCUAACCAUUUUCUACACGAAAAGUAUCCAUUUAUUAUUACGAUUGCAGAAGAGGUUAGCGGCAUGCCUACUCUGUGUCGUCCAGUUUCCGAAGGUGGCGGUGGAUUCGACUAUCGAUUAGCUAUGGCUAUUCCUGAUAAAUGGAUUGAGCUUCUAAAGAAAUAUAAAGAUGAAGAUUGGAACAUGAGUAAUCUUGUCCAUACAUUGACUAAUCGACGUUAUGGUGAACCGAAUAUCGCAUACGCGGAAUGCCAUGAUCAAGCUUUGGUUGGUGAUAAGACAUUAUCCUUUUGGCUUAUGGACAAAGAAAUGUACUUCAGUAUGAGCACCUUAAGCCCUCCAAAUUUAAUUAUCGACCGUGGUAUUGCAUUACACAAAUUAAUACGUUUUAUAACACACACCUUAGGCGGCGAAGGUUAUCUCAACUUUAUGGGUAAUGAAUUUGGUCAUCCUGAAUGGUUGGAUUUCCCAAGGGCUGGGAAUAAUAGUUCGUACCACUAUGCUCGCCGUCAGUGGAACUUGGUGGAUGAUCCAUUGUUGCGUUAUAAAUAUCUAAACAAUUUUGAUAGAGCUAUGCAACAUUUAGAGGAGAAAUAUGGUUGGCUUGCAGCUCCACAGGCCUAUGUUAGUAGAAAGAAUGAAGGCGAUAAAGUUAUUGCAUUUGAACGUGCUGGAGUUUUGUUUGCCUUUAACUUUCAUCCUACUCAAAGUUUUACGGAUUACAAAAUUGGAGUCGAUACACCUGGACAGUACCAUAUUGUUUUGGAUUCCGACCAAGAGGAAUUUGGUGGCUUUAAACGAAUCGAUCAAUCUGUUGAUGUAUUCACCCGCAACGAACCGUGGGAUAAUCGUCGAAAUUGUGUUUUUUUGUAUCUGCCAAGUCGUACUUGUAUGGCUUUAGCACUGCAAUAAAAAAGAUUUUCAUAACUAUACACUACUUAAUUUAAUCACAACAAUAUCCAUUGAGUUGUUUUUUUACUUAAAUUGUAUGUAGUGAUUUGCUUCAUUUUAUCUUCAUUUUCACUUUAAUUUAUAAAUUGUAACUUAGUUACAAAGUGCAAUUACAUUGUUUUCACAUGGAUAUCUUGGUAUUAUUUGAUGUUAUCUGCUGGGAAGUUUCUACAUUAGACUGUUUUACUACACUCAUAAGUUCAUCAUAAAGAUAGUGUAAAAUAGGAGCAUGAUUUAACGUCUGUUCUUUGUUGACAGUGUAUUUCUUAUUUUGGGGAGUGGUUUGCAUUUUAGUUUCAUAGUUUAUAAUUUUCGGUAUUAGAACUGACUCAUGUGUUAUGGUAGACAAUUAUUGGCCUCAUCAUAUUUCGUUUAUCUAUUUACAGCCUUAUAAAUUGUUUUAUUUGUCGUU